UGGGCCACUGCGCCCGUUCCUUCAACGCGUGCGUACUGUGUGCCCUUUAGGUGCCCAGUUGUCGACACUGAGGGGAACACAGGUGUGACUUAGGCUCCCCUCCCGCACUUGUCUUCCAGGGCCGGUCAGGCUGGGGCCAAUGUGUGGCAGGCACGGGAGUCCCUCUGCAGGCAGUGGCCUUGGACACCCUUGGUCUGGGAGCAGCCACCACCCCUGCAGCACCAGGGACACAAACACCCCAGAAGGGGCCAGGCCAGGGUCCCCUGUGCAGACAAGCCUCGGCCCACGGCCGCACAUCCCCCAUGUCCCGUCCGCGGGGCUGCCCUCUCAGGGACAGGCCCGCAGGGGGACCCAAGACGCCCAGGGUCUGCACGCCGCCCCACCCCUGCUGAGCCCCUUCCCCGCCGGGAUCCCCACUGCGGGCUCCCUGGGCUCAGCCAUGCCGGUCUCUCCUCCCCCCAGGGGCGUUCUGGGCCAGGCCCCAUGCUCACGGGGGGCAGCCGGGGCCCCGCGCCGGGACGUCGGUCCCACUGGGCGAGGUCCUCCUGCGGAUCCCCAGUGGCCGUCCGCGGGGCCCGGCCGGAGCGGAAACCGCGACGGACCAGCCCGCGGGCCACUUCCGGCGCCGCCGAGGGCCCCGACCGGCAUGGAGCUGGACGACGCGGCCGAGGCGCUGGCGGAGCUGCGGGAGCGGCGGCUGAGCGCGCGGGAGCUGCUGCAGGCGGCGGCGGGCUCGGGCCUGGCGGCCUACGCCGUGUGGGCGCUGCUGCUGCAGCCCGGCUUCCGCCGCGUCCCGCUGCGGCUGCAGGUGCCGUACGUGGGCGCGAGCGCGCGGCAGGUGGAGCACGUGCUGUCGCUGCUGCGGGGCCGCCCCGGGAAGACGGUGGACCUGGGCUCCGGCGACGGCAGGAUCGUGCUGGCGGCGCACAGGUGCGGCCUGCGCCCGGCCGUGGGCUAUGAGCUGAACCCGUGGCUGGUGGGGCUGUCGCGGCUGCACGCCUGGAGGGCGGGCUGCGCCGGCGCCGUCUGCUACCGCCGGGAGGACCUCUGGAAGGUGAGCCUCAGCGACUGCCACAACGUGUCGGUGUUCCUGGCCCCCAGCGUGCUCGCCCUGCUGGAGGAGAAGCUGCGGGCGGAGCUGCCCGCCGGGGCCCGCGUGGUGUCCGGACGGUUCCCCCUCCCCACCUGGCAGCCGGUGGCCGUGCUGGGGGAAGGCCCGGACCGCGUCUGGGCCUAUGACGUCCGUGGCGGCGGGCCGGCCGGGCGCGCGGGCUCCCCUCCGGCCCCGGCCCUGGAGUCCCCGUCCCUCGGCCCGGCUGACAGCGGGGCGCAAUAAAGACGCAGGGGCUCUG